AGGGUAUGCAUGCAAGUUUAUUUUAAGGAUAUAACAAGGGCGUUUAAAAGGGAAGUUCGGAACUAUUCUGUCAGCAUUUGCGAACUAGUUUCUUUGGAUAGAUGAUCAAUUAUUCGGCCUGAUGAAGCAAUUAGCUCUUCUUCUCCUUCUCGGCUUCGCCGGUUUUUCAUCGGCCCAAGUUUUCGGAUUUGGUGGCUGUCCUGAGGUGCGUGUAGCCAAGGACUUUCAGCUUGACCGCUACCUUGGUCGUUGGUAUGAAGUCACCAAGUUCUUCGCUUUCUUUGAGGCUGGUUACUCAUGCGUGACGGCCGAGUAUCGACCAGGAGAUGAUGGUCAAAUCGUUGUCAUCAACACCGGACGAACGCGUGAUGGCGAGGCGACGAGGACCGUACUCGGGGAAAUCCUCCAACCCAACCCGGACGAAGGAGCAAAGCUGCAGGUCCAAUUCUUUAACAGAGCUGAGCAAACACCAGGCGACUACUGGGUUCUCGACGUUGACUAUGACAGUUAUGCUCUCGUACACGCAUGCUCAGAAAUCUUUUUUGGUUGGUUUAACUUCCAAAACAACUGGGUUCUCGCCCGUGAUCCGUUCCCGUCUGAAGAUGUCGUCCAGAAUGCUUUGAGGAAGUUUGGAGAGCAGGGCAUCAAUGUGGAAAAGUUCAUCAGAGCCGAUCAAACGAACUGCGAGACAGAACCACCAAGUCCAACAGAGACGCCUGGAACUGACAGGCCGCGCCCAUCCGAGAGGCCUGGCACUGACAGACCCCGCCCAUCCGAAAAUCCUGGCACUGAAAGACCACGUCCAUCCGAAGGCACUGACAGGCCACGCCCCUCAGAGGGCACUGACAGACCACGCCCAUCCGAAAAUCCUGGCACUGAAAGACCACGUCCAUCAGAAGGCACUGACAGGCCACGCCCCUCAGAGGGAACUGACCGGCCACGCCCCACAGAGCCAUCAGCAUCUGAAAGACCGCGCCCUUAAGAAUUGUACUCGUUAGCAUGCGACAUCCUUCUUGUAUGACUCCUAGCACUAACGGACAAAGGUCAUCAGGACCUGAACCAUUUUAACGAAAUUAUCGCAUUCUAGAAAUAAUGAUAGAUAAAGAAAAGAAAAAGAAUGAAUGAAAGAAAGAAAUAAAUGAACGGUCACAUAUAUUUAAGUUUCAUUGUCUGUUUUACAUUUUCCAUUUAUUUCCAAACAUAAUUAUGGGCCCAUAUUAUAAAUCUUACACACGGGUUUAUGAAUGUAUCCGGGGGCCCGUAUAACUUAGCAAUGAUCGUAUAUUUUUUUAUGAUUGAUUCCAAGGACUACAAUGUAAAAAUCAAACGUACGAUCAAUCGCUAACCUUUGCGUAACGGGACCCAGAUCUGCUGUCGUGACUAGCUAGCGGAUCCGCCGCCGCGGCGGAUUUAAACUUUCAAGGUUCGGUUAAUAAGAUUUGAAUCACAAUUAUUUGAGAUUUGAAAAUUUCAUCAUUUGGAUGAAAAUUUAAUCCAGAGUCCAAUUAGUAUAAAACGUGUCCGAUCUGGAUAUAUCUUAAACACCUGUUACUUAGA